CUGCACUUUACAGGAACAGCCCGGAGGGUUUUUUUUUUGUAAGCUUUCCCACACAUUUUUUAUAUUAUACACAAAGUGCUCCAGCAUGGCUGUGCAUGAACUCCUCCUACAGUGUUUGGAAGACCUGGAUUCUGAGGAAAUGGAUUCAUUUAAAUGGCAUUUAACCAAAAUAAAAAGCAACGCAAUUCCCAAAAGUCAAUUGGAGAAGAAAUCAAAGUGUGCUGUUGUGGAAUGUAUGAUUCAACGUUAUCAUCCUGAUGGCGCUGGGAAGCGCACACUGGUCAUUUUGAAAAAGAUGAGGAAGAUGAAUCUUGCCGAAAAGCUGCAAGAGAAGCUAGCUCCAAAGAACCCCGUCGCUAAGAAGAAAGCCAAAGCCGCCACUGCAGCACCCAAGAACACAGCCAAGAGCUCCAAAAAGGCCACGUCUGCCAAACCCAAGGCGGCAAAACCUAAAGCCGCCAAGCCUAAAAAGGCAGCUUCCAAGAAGAAUUAAAAGGCCACUGUUUGUUUCUCAACGACUCUUUUAUUAGCCACCUACUAAAUCAAGUGGUGCAAAUCUAUUGGUGUUGUAUCAAAAUAACAGUUACAGAAGAGUAUAGGCUUGUUCGACUUGAAGCGCAUCAAUACCAUCAGAUGGAUUGGUGUGUGACAUCAAAGUACUGUAAGAGCUGUAGAGAAGCUCCUUCUGCUUUUGAAUCGCUCUCGCGGUACUUUGAUGUCAUACACCGAUCGGUCUGUGCAGCACGCUUCAAAUCCAACGUGCCUAUGUUCAAUAGUUCAAUGCUCCAAAUAAUGGUUCACCCAAUUCGUUAAAAACGUGCAUUAAGAAAUGAAAUGCCGCUGUGUGUUGCUCGGAGACGAACAGUUCUGCUUUGUCUUUAUAUUUUCGUUGGCAAAAUUGAUCAAAACAGAGAACAUUGUGUCUAAAAUAACACAGUAUUAAUGUAUUCCUUACUGAACUGUUGUAUAAGAUCAGUAUCACAUUAGCACUGGUGUGAUAUAGCUUAACUAUAUGAUGUAAAUAUGAGACAAAAACUCAAACGGGCAUUUUUGCCCCAUAUCUUGAAUUUUACGUUCUCUUGGCUCCAUCACGCAGUGAGUUGUUGCCCUGCCAUCAAACAACUGUAUGAAAUGUCAGAUGAUCCACAUAGGUCUGGGGCGAGGCAAGUGCGUUAAAUGCGUUAAUAAUUUUAACGCGUUAUUUUCACCAUAAUUAAUUAAUUAAUCUAAUUAACGCGUUAAAAUUACCAGCCCUAAUAAAUAUAUAUGUUAUAUAUUGUAAUAUUAAUAUAUAUAUAUAUUAUUUAAUAAUUAAUAUAUACAUAUAUUAUUUGCUCUAGUAAUCUUAUUUAAGAUUACAUAAACUGUACAUUAAAAAAAAAUAAUAAUAAUGUGUGUGUGUGUGUGUGUGUAUGAAGGUGUAGAGAAGACUUUUGCCAGGUUUUAUGAUUUUUAUUUUAUUUUGCAUGUUCAGAAAUUCAGUUUAUCUUUUCGUUGCCUCAGAGCAAAGUUAUGCAGUAAGGGGUAAAGAAGCAGGGGUCCACAGCUCCCAUCCCCAAGCAGGAUUUCCCACUGACAAUACAUGCGGGCAAAUAACGUGUGACAAAAAGGGAACACCCAAACACAGGAACACCCAAAGUGAUGUGCAAAAAGUGUAACAUGCACCUCUGUGUCACAGCAGAGAAGAAGUGCUUCUUGAAGUUUAACACAUGAAGUACAAC